AUGUUAUUUGCUAGCGGUCGUUCACGAGGCGUCACAGCAAUGGGACUUGCUGAUCGAACAAUGUUUCAAACAAUCGGACGAUGUUUUGUUAUUAUCGGUUGUAUAACGGUUAUUGUCGGAAUUAUUUUAAUCAUUAUUAGCGUAGUUUCAGAAAAAAAAGAAACGCUAUAUAUCGGAAUUAGCAUUAUUGGGGUGGGAAGUAUCUGUUUUAUUUUUAUGAUAAUUUUUAUUUAUUGUAAACUUGAUGUGUGUUGGAAUAAUUGGACAUAUCGCACACGUGUUGUACACACUGUCGGACAUCAACGUUCUCCAACAAAAAUAAUCAGUGUUAGAACAGAACCUGAUGCUGGUCAAAGCACAACAGAUGCAAUUAAAGGUAAUGAUGACAUGACGAGAACACGAACAGCAGCAACAUUUCUAUCUAAGGAAACAGAAUCUGUUGUACAUGAACGUCGCAUAAGUGAUGUGACACCGACAAAAGUCUGUGUUCUCACGUCUAUAACAUGA